GCUGCAGGAGGAGGGAGGCGGACGCCGCGGGGCGGCCGGCCAUGAUAGCGUCGUGCCUGUGCUACCUGCUGCUGCCGGCCGCGCGCCUCUGCCGCGCCCUCUCCCGCGCCCUCUCAGAUGCUUUCUUCACGUGUCGAAAAAAUGCCCUCCUGGCGAAGAGCUCGUCCCCCCAGGUAGAGGGUGACUUUGCCAUGGCCCCUCAGGGCCUGGACCAGGAAGAGUGUGAGGGCCUGCUGCAGCAGUGGCGAGAAGAAGGGUCGAGCCAGGUGUUCUCGACCGUGAGCGAGGGUCCCCUAGUAGAUAAGGGACUAGCCCAGAGCAGCUUGGCACUCCUGAUGGAUUAUCCUGGAGAACAGGAUGCUGCUUCCGAGGACAAGUGGUGCAGCAGGCAGCUGAGUGACCUGCAGGCAGCAGAGAACCUAGAGGAGCCUUCCCCCGCGGUCCUAGGAGAGGAAUCACUGCCAGAGGGCGAGGGCCCGAUGUGGGCAGCUGUCCCCAUGCAGGCAGGCCCUCAGUAUGCAGACUGCACCAUCCUCCCAAUGGGUGCACUGGCUGCAGAGGAGUGGGAAGAGGACCCCGCAGUGGUCGCCUGGAGCCUAGCGCCUGAGCCCAUGCCCCAGGAAGAGGCUCCCAUCUGGUCCUUUGAGGGCCUGGGGCAGUUGCAGCCUCCCCCCGUAGAAAUUCCUUACCAUGAAAUCCUGUGGCGAGAAUGGGAGGAUUUCUCCACUCAGCUGGAUGCGCAGGGCCUGGAGGCAGGGGAUGGCCCGCAGUUCCAGUUCACUCUGAUGUCCUAUAACAUCCUGGCCCAGGACCUGAUGCAGCAGAGCUCCGAGCUCUAUCUGCAUUGCCACCCGGACAUCCUCAAUUGGAACUAUCGCUUUGCAAAUCUCAUGCAGGAAUUCCAGCACUGGGACCCUGAUAUCCUGUGUCUUCAGGAAGUCCAGGAAGAUCAUUACUGGGAGCAGCUGGAGCCCUCGCUGCGAAUGAUGGGCUUUACCUGUUUCUACAAGAGGAGGACCGGGUGUAAGACGGACGGCUGUGCUGUCUGCUACAAGCCCACGAGAUUCCGUCUGCUUUGCGCCAGCCCUGUGGAGUACUUCCGGCCUGGCUUGGAGCUCCUCAAUCGGGAUAACGUGGGCUUAGUGCUGCUGCUGCAGCCACUGGUCCCAGAAGGCCUGGGGCAAGUCUCGGUGGCCCCAUUAUGUGUGGCUAAUACCCACAUCCUGUACAACCCACGCCGGGGUGAUGUCAAGUUGGCCCAGAUGGCCAUUCUCUUGGCUGAAGUGGACAAGGUGGCUAGGUUGUCAGAUGGCAGCCACUGCCCCAUCAUCUUGUGUGGGGACCUGAAUUCCGUCCCUGAGUCACCUCUCUACAACUUCAUCAGGGACGGAGAGCUGCAAUACGAUGGGAUGCCGGCCUGGAAGGUGUCUGGACAGGAAGACUUCUCCCAUCAGCUUUACCAGAGGAAGCUGCAGGCCCCACUAUGGCCCAGUGCCCUGGGCAUCACUGAUGGCUGUCAGUAUGUCACCUCCUGUCAUCCCAAGAGAUCAGAGAGACGUAAAUAUAGCCGAGACUUCCUGCUACGUUUCCGCUUCUGCAGUAUUGCCUGUCAGCGACCAGUAGGAUUGGUUCUUAUGGAGGGAGUGACAGAUACUAAGCCAGAACGACCUGCUGGCUGGGCCGAGUCCGUUCUUGAGGAAGACAUGUCUGAGCCUGAGCCCGAGCCCGAGCCCGUCUCCCCCAGGACCGUAGGCACCAUCCAGCACUGCCUCCACCUGACCUCGGUAUAUACUCACUUCCUGCCCCAGCAUUGCCGCCCAGAGGUCACCACAAUGCCCUUGGGUAUUGGAACGACGGUGGAUUACAUCUUCUUCUCAGCUGAGUCCUGCGAGAAUGGGAACAGGACUGGUAAGCCUGAUCACAGGCUCUAUCAAGAUGGAACUCUCAAGCUCCUGGGCCGUCUCUCCCUCCUCUCUGAAGAGAUUCUCUGGGCUGCCAAUGGCUUACCCAACCCCUUCUGCUCUUCAGACCACCUCUGCCUGCUGGCCAGCUUCGGGAUGGAAGUGACCGCCCCAUGAUGGGCUCCCAAGGGAAGAGAGCCGCUCUUCUAGAAGAGCCCACUGGGUCAGAGACUGGAAAUAUCCCAUGCUUCUGGAAACUUAGAUCCAAGAAACUUACAGCCCCCCCUCCCCUCCUGUUCCCUUUUCCCGUGGUUAGAUUUUCUGUGGGCCUGUCCAGGCUCUCUGCCUGUGGUCCCUUCCCUGCCCCAACCUCUUCCUAAUCCUCUUGUGCCACAUGCUUGGUGGCCCUGGGAGAGGCGGAAGGGGGCCUUCCCCCUUCCUUCCAUGUAUCCAGCGCUCCUCUUGAUUUUUAAUUACCAGGGUUGUGGGAGCUAUUGAUCUCAUUUGUUAUUUGCUUUCAGGCCGUUUCUUGGUGGUACUUUCUGAUCCGACCUCCUCCCCGUCCUCACAACCUCUGUGCCCAGCCCUCUUGCCAGGCACACGCGUGUGAAAUGUGUAUAGUGGGUGUGCAUCCUCUCAAGGUGGGACUGCUCUGUGCGGCCAUACCUGCCUCGAUCAGCCUGCUGUCCACACUGGGGCUGUCGGCCUAGGGGCAGGUUGAGAGCACCACCUGGUGCCUGUGUGCUGCCAGGCAGCAGCAGGGGCACGGGCCUUUCUCCUUUUAUCCUCUGUUUCAUUAGGCGUUCAUCAUGCCAGCCAGGGCAUACUCAUCACUGAGCUCUGGGAAUGAAAGGGUCCCCAGCCUGGAGCAGCACCAUUGGGGACGCAGUACCUGCCCCAGAGGCCUCUGGGCCUCCACCCCCCAGCUCCCCAAGGCCUGGCUUUCCCUAGGCUUGUCCCCGAGGAGGGUGAAAGUUUGUGUGGGGUCUGUGGGCUGGGAUAGUGACUUGAGAUUUAAAACUCCUUAAGGGUGAGGAGAAAGAACCUUCAAGAAACAAUGGGCUCACUGGACUCCGUAGCCCAGCGGUCGCCAACCUUUUGGGCCUCACGGACCACCGGUUGGCGACCGCUGCUGUAGCCCACAGAGCUAGGGCGAAAUGGGCGUGUCCCGUAGGGAAAGAGCAGGCGGGCUCUGCAGCUGCCUCGGCUGGGACUCAGGACCUCAGGGACCUGUUCUCUUCCCUCCACCACUUUUACUGUUUGCUGCAUCCCUCAUCCCCUUCUGUUUUCUCCUAGAAAAGCCUGCUAUUUAGCUCAGGCCAAACCUUCUCAGUGAAAAGGUGGCCUUGGGCACAAGUGCUUGAGGAGUUGUUCAGGCCAGCAAGGCCUUGCUGCUCAUUGCCUCUGCUUUCCCUCCUCGCGCAGGGUACCUGGCCCAUCCAGGGGGCUUCCGUGCCCACACGCGUCACCUGCCUGCCUUAAUCUUCUGUUGCUGGGGGUGGCCCCGGGGGUUCUGGGUCAGCUGUUCCUCAUAUCCCUUAACUCAGACGGCUGCUGGCCCUGGUGGAUUUGACUUGCUGUUGUCCACUUGCCCUCCAGCACAGGACUGAAGGGAUGGCGAGAAGCCGGAGAUGGGCGGUUAGCCAGAGGUGAAUUUAAUGAUCUCUCCUUCUGAAAGCCAAAGACCCAGCUUGAAUUCUGCUGCUGUGUUCAUGGUUAUAAACUUUCCACACCUAGGUUCUUGGAAAUUUAAAUAUGCGUGUAUCCUUAAACAGUGUUUCCUGGGUAUGGGCAUGUGCCUGUCUGAGCCCCAGGCCUGUCUGUCCAUCCCCGCCGUACACUCUGUUUGUCUCUCUGGGCACCUCCGGAGAUAACAGUGCCCUGUUGUUUUCUAAGACGAUUGCCCUUCCCUGUUCUCUGCCAGGAAAUGCAGUUUAAAAAUGGCUGAAGAUGGCAGAGGGCAGGUAGCCUGAUAAUCAUUUUUGUUUUGUUUUCUUAUUUGUUUCUGUUUUGGAAACAAAAUGGGGCUUUAAAUUCUCUUUUCCAAAUAAAGGUUUACUUUUCCCCCCUCCGGUUGGUCAUUUUAUUAGGAUCUUGCAGGGCACGGGGGAGAGAAGGCCUGGAGAAUGAGGUGGGCCGAGGGGAGGAGACUGGCUUUGUGAUGGGGUCUCAAGUCCUAAAUCUACACGGGGGAAAAGUGAGGGAAUCUCCCUCUGAUCACUGAGGCCGUGGGGGAACAGGGCGUGGGCGAAGCUUCUGCCCUGACUUUUCUUGGGCAGCUCUCUUCUCCAUCUUUGCCCAGCUAGAGAGAAGAGCUCUCUCAGCCACUGUUGUUCUGUUCCAUCUGCUGCUCCCCUCCCCCCUCCCAUCCAGACUGCAUUUCAGGAGGGUCUGUGUGGAAAGUGGGACGAGAAAUGUUUCCUAUGGCAGCUGCAUGAGGCCUGGUGCGUGCGGCGGAUGCCUCUUGCUGAGCUGCUAUUUCUGAUAAUCUCUUUUGCGUUCCGCAGCCAGAGCUGAGCUGUGGACCAUCUGUUGCUGGAAAGGUUUCUCUUCUUCCUGGGCCUCACUCUGCUGGUGCUUUUGUCUCCAGCCUCCUUCAGCCUCAAGCCCACCAAGCCCGCAUGCGCGUGGGAAGCUCUGAAACGGGGGUGGUUUUCUGCCUUACCUGACCAGAUUCCCAGACCCCACACCUGUGAGUCAGCCGCUGAGAAUCUGAGUUACUUAAAGCUACCAGGGUGCUUCUGUGGCACCACCUGGGUUGGGAGUCUGUGGAGAGGGCACGAGGGAUUAGGAACACCACUGGUCAUCUUGGCCUGGUGACUGUGGGUAAGUUAACGCUUGUGUUUCAGUCACAUAUCUUGGUGAAAUGGAAAUUAAAGCAAUAAUCUUUUCCACU